AUGGCUUCUCGCCAUCCGACGCGCUUCAUGGGCAAUGGGAAGAGGAAACAAACCGGCGAUGGAGACCAUAUUCAUAACAGUCCAUCAUCUACUAACCAUCCAUCAGUGAGAACGCAUUCCAAACAGAUUCAGCGAAUCUCUGGAUGUCGAAGGAGCGCACGUCUUAUCGAGAAAUAUCAGGCCCUCAAGCAGGAAGUGUCCUCAAAUGUUUUACCACAAAAGCGCUCCACCACAAGUGAAAGAUAUCUCUGGGACGAGUGCUUGUCUGACAACUCGGCACCCUUUCCAAAGCGACGACGAAUCAAUAAAGACGAGUACGUCGAGUACUGGGUUACUCAUAAAUAUCAGAUAUCCAAGGAACCCUUAAUGCAAGGCGUUAUGGAAUACUGGUUUGCACCAAAAGCUACGUCCCUUUGCCGUACGAAGUCAAAUACUAGUUUAAAGGCGUCAAGUGAUACCAGUUCGCAAAAAAACAAAAGCAAGUACGAAGACAAGAAUUGCGAACUGUUUCUCCAAACAAAAGCCGUAUUCUUGGAUGACCAUAAGAAUGAUAUCAGCAGUGAGAGCCGAACUCUCUGUCAGAAAUUACUAGAAAAGAAUCAUGACCUUCCAAGUGGUACAGUGUUUGAUGGACACGCAUUUAAAUCAACCUGCGCGACAAUAAGGAAAAAAAAUGAGACAGGAAUCAUUCGAAUCAUUGGCGAAUUAAUUGUUCCAUCUGCUGAAAGUGCGAGCAACCUAGGCCAUAUCUCAUUUGAGCACUUAGUCACCAGUAUGAAUGAAGGCUGGGACAACUCAUUGUCUCUUGAUGCAAAUCCACAUUCUUUGCAACCUCAAGAACCACUACAGCCGCCCCCACCCCCUCAAAGGGCAAAGCUUUCCCGAUUUCAACUACCCCGACCGCAACCUGACUACGCAGUAGGCUACUCCAUGGAAGCCUUCACUGAAGAUCAGCUCCACAAGCUUGCACCUUUUUUUGGUGACAUUGGUGAUCCUUCAUUCUUUAUGGGUACUGCUAAUAUGCACUUUCCAUUUUUCACAUCUGAAGUGAAAGGAAAGGCAGCACUUGAUAUUGCAGACCGGCAAAAUGCACACAGCAUGGCUCUUGCAGUGAGGGGUGUUGUUGAGCUUUUUCGAAUUGUCAAGCGUGAGAAGGAGCUGCAUCGAGAGAUUCUAGGGUUCUCAAUCUCUCAUGACCAUUGCUCAGUGAGAAUCUACGGCCACUAUCCUGUGAUCAAUGGGCAGAAAAUUACCUACCACCGGCAUUCAAUUCACAAAUUUGAUUUCACCGCAUUGGAUGGUAGGGAGAAAUGGACAUCCUACAAGUUUACUAUGAGUGUUUAUAGUGACUGGGCACCCUCCCACUUUGAGAGGCUGUGUUCAGCAAUUGAUAUGAUCCCAUUUGUGAACUUUGAGAUAUCCCAGCGGCUAGAAGCAUCUGAUCUGAGUGUUUCGGAAUCGACGGGGCUCUCUCAGGGAGUCAGCGGAGUAGAUCUUGGAGUAGAUCUCGGAGUAGAUCUAGGCUCGAGUUUUACAUCACUUCCGGAAGAGGACGAUCCUUCACUCCUUGGCUCGCAAAACGCCGCGUUGAGUAAUCGAAAACUCAGAGGUGAUAGAGCUAGACCCUCGGACACUCAGAAUAAACGCAAGCGCAUUGCAAGCGAAACUGUCAGAAAUUAG